AAAAGCGAUUCUCUCUUUUUCCCUUUGUCCCCUCGCUUUACUGUUCUCGAAGGCGUUUGGAGCUGUCACGAAGGAAUCCAAAUUGGAGAUUCAAAGAUGCUUGGGGGAAUUUAUGAUGUUCUUGAUGAAACCAUUGAAAUAAUCACAAUGCCAGAAUCAAGAGACAGAAUAGUGAGGCCAGUUGAUUACCCAGCGGCAUUUCUCAGCAGGCGGUCUAACGGAAUCUUCGCUGACGAACCGGCGAGACAGUUCGAUUUGUUCGGGUCUCCGGUUCAGAGACUCCCAUCGGAAUCUGCAGGAGUUGGGUCUAUUGGUCAAAGAUCUAUGAUGAUGGGAAGAGGUGGGCUCGUUAGGGGUAAUUUUGGUAUUAGGCGGACCGGUGGUGGUGGUGGUAGGAGAGGCCAAACCCGGUUUAGGUCCCCACAGGGACGAGAGAACACGAGCUUGGGUGUUGCAAGGCGUGGAAGGGUUCGUGCUGCAACUUCUGUGUUGCCUUCUUGGUAUCCAAGAACACCCCUCCGUGAUAUUUCUGCCGUCGUUAGGGCUAUUGAGAGAAGGAGAGCUCGUAUGGGAGAAGGCGUUGGCCGAGAUGUUGAGACCCCAACUCCACAACAGCUUGGGGUACCAUUGUCAGGUGCUUUCGACUACUCCAUGGUCACUCCUGGUCCGUCUGUUGGGUUCAAGCGUCCCUGGCCACCUUCAGCUGCUAAGGUCCAUCAGAUGCUGCUCGACAUCACAAGAGAAAACACCGGGGAAGAAGAAGCCCUCACUCCACAGAAGAAGCUCCUCAACUCUAUCGACAAAGUGGAGAAGGUAGUGAUGGAAGAGAUUCAGAAAAUGAAAAGCACUCCUAGUGCAAGGAGAGCAGAAAGGGAGAAGAGGGUUCGAACGUUGAUGUCAAUGCGAUGA